GUGCGGGGAAGAGAAGCCGGGAUGGAGGACGAAGAGCUCGACUUGGCCGACGAGCUGGAGGCCGCCUUGCAGCUGGCGCCGGAGGUGCAGCUGGCCAUUGAGCAGGUAUUUCCCAGCCAAGAUCCACUGGACAGGGCUGAUUUCAACGCAGUGGAAUACAUCAAUACUCUUUUUCCAACUGAGCAAUCUUUGGCCAAUAUCGAUGACGUAGUGAACAAAAUCAGGUUGAAAAUAAGACGAUUGGACGAUAAUAUUCGGAUGGUGGUGAGGGCCCAGACCAACGUGGGGCAAGAUGGCCGUGAGGCUCUCGAAGAGGCCCAGAAAGCCAUCCAGCAGCUUUUUGGUAAGAUUAAAGACAUUAAGGAUAAAGCAGAAAAAUCGGAGCAGAUGGUUAAAGAAAUCACCCGGGAUAUCAAGCAGCUGGACCACGCUAAACGCCACUUGACCACCUCCAUCACCACCCUGAACCACCUCCACAUGUUAGCCGGGGGAGUGGAUUCACUCGAGGCUAUGACCAGGAGGAGACAGUACGGGGAGCUGGCCAACCUAUUACAAGGGGUUGUGAACGUGCUGGAACAUUUCAACAAAUAUAUGGGGAUCCCACAGAUCCGCCAGCUUUCCGAAAGGGUGAAGGCAGCCCAGAACGAGCUGGGACAACAGAUCUUGGCUGAUUUUGAAGAGGCCUUUCCUUCCCAAGGCACAAAGAGAUCCGCUGGUCCCAGCAACGUUCUCCGUGACGCCUGCUUGGUCGCCAACGUCUUAGAUCCCCGGAUCAAGCAAGAAAUCAUCAAGAAGUUUAUUAAGCAGCACCUCUCGGAGUAUCUGGUGUUGUUCCAGGAAAACCAAGACGUUGCUUGGCUGGACAAGAUCGACCGGCGUUACGCCUGGAUCAAGCGCCAGUUGGUAGACUACGAGGAAAAAUACGUCCGGAUGUUCCCAGCGGAAUGGUGCAUGACAGAACGGAUCGCCGUGGAUUUCUGUCAUAUUACAAGGAUAGAGCUGGGGAAAAUCAUGCGUGCCCGGGCAAGGGAGAUCGAGGUGAAACUGCUGCUUUUCGCCAUCCAGAGGACCACCAACUUCGAAGGGCUGCUGGCCAAACGCUUCUCGGGGUCCACCCUGUCAGAGACGGUGACGAAAAAACCCGAUCCUCCGCUAGCCUCCACGAACCCUUUUCUGGAGGAAGAAUCCGCGACCGACGAGGACGAAACCCCGUCAGAAAAGGCCAACAUUGACAAGCCACAAAAGCCAAAAAUUCCAAGCAAUCCGUUCCAUGGAAUUAUUUCUAAGUGCUUUGAGCCCCACCUUUAUGUCUACAUUGAAUCUCAGGACAGAAACCUCGGAGAGCUGAUUGACCGCUUCGUGGGGGACUUCAAAGCCCAGGGACCCCCCAAGCCGAACGUGGACGAGGGCGGUGCCGUUCUGCCCAGCUGCGCUGACCUCUUUGUCUAUUACAAGAAGUGCAUGGUCCAGUGCUCGCAGCUAAGCACCGGGGAGCCCAUGAUUGCCCUCACCACCAUAUUCCAGAAAUAUCUGCGGGAAUACGCCUGGAAGAUCCUCUCCGGAAAUUUACCCAAGUAA